AUGGAGGUUCCAGGCUCGGCGGUUCUGACCCCGCAGCAGAAGGAGGAGCUGAAAGAAAAACUGGCCGUAUUGAAAAGAGAAUACAACAAAACAUUCCACAGGUUACAGCGUGCUGAGAAAGCUGCAAAGGUUAAAAAUCACAUCAAGAAAACGAUUGCAGAGCAAAACCUGCUGCUUGGACAGGAGGAAGCCAUGAAGAACCAUUCAGGAUCUUUACUUGACCCGCUGAGUGAAGAGAGAGUUUCUGGUCUAGAGGACUCGGCUGCCGUGAGCGUGUCAUUGUGUGCCAGUGUGCGGAAUGGGGAGAAAGAAGAGGAGCAGCCGGGAUGGGGGGACAAGGAAGAUCCAGGAAGGUUGGCAGACCCAGCGGUGACCCCCGACGCUGCUCAAGGAGACAGGACUGUUCCUGACCGGCAUAGAGAGGGCGUGGACCAUGGAGAUCCCCCCAGCAAGAAGACAAGUGGAGAGGACAAAGGGCGCAGCCUUGAAGUGGGGCCACCCCCCCUGGGAGGGCUCAGCCCCAGUAAGGAGGUGCUGGGCUCUUGCACGAUGGUUGAGGGACUCAUGUUUCCCCUUGAGUAUUAUGUGCGGAUGACCCGGCGACUCUCCAGGCGCCAGGAGGAGGUGAAUCUGGAGGUGGUCAUGCAGAGCCAGCUGGGCAAGGGCAGGAAGGGCCGGAGGGUGGCCCCCAAAGAGCAGGUGGCGAAUCGGGCCCAGCCCUCCCAGGAGCUCCCCGAAAACGGAGGACUCAGCCGGCCAGUGGGCUCCCCGGGUCCGGCUUCUCCUGGCCUCUGGAGGGGGCUGAAUUCUGCCGCUGCAGCUUUGCCUCUCGCCCCCCUGGGUGGGGAGGGGUCCCGCCUCGGCUGGCUGCCUCCCGGCCUGCCGCACCAAGACUUCCACCUGCCGGAUGAGGAUUUUGGCCACCUGAAGUCCAAGAAGCUCAAAGUCCGUCCCGAGAAGCUGUUGGGGGACUGGGAUGCUGGCGGAUCCAGCGAGGGUCCCCCGAAUCCCUCUGGGGGGGCUCCUCUCGAGGAAGGAGCAGCAUCGGGACAAAUCCUCCUGUCCGGAAGGAGGGGGACCCCCCCGGCUCCUUCUUCCCGUGAGCUGCUCCUCUCCCCGGCCUUGGACGGCGGACAGAGCCUUUUGCAAAGCCCCGAUUUUCCCCUGGUGGGGGCCACCCCGGCUCCCCUGGUCUCCCCAGAUCCCCUGGGGGCCUCUCCUUCGCAAGCAGCUGCGGCAGGGUCUGCUGACCCGGAGAGGGGCAGGGGGCAGCCUCGCUCGCCGGGCCCAGCUGGAAUCAGCAGGAGAGCAGGGGAAGAAGCCGCCAGCCCACCUGAGAAGCCGCUUGAGCAUGACCAGGAGCCCCCCAGGCAGAGCUGCCCAGCAGAGGAGGUCCAGGGGGAAGCACCAGCAGGCACGCCGAGGGAAGGCAACUUGAAAAUGACUUCAAAACUGAAGAACGCCUCCGGCUCCUGCUUGGUGGACAUGAGCGCUGUGUGGUGGGAAGCUGCUGACUUCGCAGAAUUGUGUGUUGUGACAGCCGAGGAAACGUCCAUCUCUCUCUGGAGGCCUCUCGAUCUUGGCCAGUGGGGGACGGUGCACACCUGGCACUUUACAAAGGUCAUUAGCUUCAAUGCCCGAGAGGAGCCCUUUGCUGCUUUUGUGCUUUUGUUCCAUUCUUCUGAAGAUGGCUGUGCUAAAGAAGAGCUGCUCAAAGCUGGAAACAUAAACGCCGUUCUUGGUCUGACCGAUAGGAAGCUGGUCAGCAGCUGCUGGUCACUGCGAGGCCAAGAAGUGGAAGUCUUUUCUUUCUCUGAGGUGGGAAGGAGCCACAAGAGGUGGGCUUUGAUGCCCCCUGAAGAGACGGUUUUGGCUUUUGCCGACGUGGCUGGACUGCAGGAGGCUCUGCUUGGAAUGACAGCCAUGAACUGCAUCGUGCUCUGGAAUCUGGGAACGGGGCAGUUGCUGAAGAAGAUCCCGGUGGGGUGGUCCUUCCCCGCAUCCGUCUGCCACAAGGCCUACUCCGAUGCGGGCCUGCUCUUCCUGGUCUUCAGCCACCCCCAUGCCGAAGACAGCCAGCUGCCUGGGAACCCCGCCUUCCAGAUCGUGGCGCUCAAUCCCAAGACCGCCAGAAGCUCCGGAGUGAUGCUCUUGGCCCUGCCCCCCAGCAUCCAAGGAAGGUACUUGGAGCGUGAUGUGAGGGGCGCGUCGGCAGCAGCUGUCCUGGCAUCUGGAACCAUUGCGUUGUGGGAUUUAUUUCUGGGGCAGUGCACUGCGUUGCUGCCCCCCAACUCUGGAGGCAGCUGGUCCCUGGCCAGGUGGUCAGUUACGGACACUUGCCUGCUGGCUGGGCAAGAAGAUGGCUCGGUUUACCUCUAUGAGUACGCAGGGGCCUGCAGACCGGCUUCCUGCCUUCCCAGAACUCUGGAGCCGAAUCCCUCGGGGGGCAGCUCAGAGACGGCUUUGUGA